CCACCACCCACACUCGCUCAGUCAGUCAUUGAAGACAGAGAUGGCUAAGCAAAGUUGACCAUUGGACCCUAGACUUCUUGUAAGUCAACAUCCGGAUGUUGAUCAUUCCCUCAUUCGGAUUGUCUGUCCUUUCCUUCUCUUUGCUCUUCAUCAUUAUGCACAUCAAGUGGGAAAUAAUCUCAUCUUCACCAAAGACAGGAACUCUGCUCCAAUGACUCUAAAAGUGGACUCUACUCUGUUCUACUUGCCUAGGUCAGCCAGAUGAACACACACAAACCAGCCCACAAAGCCAAGGUAUGUCCCCUACUCUGGAACCUGGGCAUUUUGGGUUACUGGUAUCAUUCCAAGAUUUUUUGUUAGCGGUAACAACUGAUGGGCUGCUAAUAGCUAGGCAUCUGUGCUUCCUCUUCCUCAUGUGCUUCCCUUUGGCGUGGGGUGGCGUCCCUGGCCCAUGUCGGCACUCUGUGACCAAGGGUCACCUCCUCAACCUCAACUGCCUGAUUGAUAAUCAGUUGGAGAAUGGCUGGUCAAUAACCUACGUAUUCACUGAGCGCCAGAGUUUGAGUGAAGUCUGUUACAUCAAAGCAGCAUUUCCACAAAUCCUGGAGCUUCUGAACACACACUUCAAGUAUGUCAGGAAAUCGGACAACGGGCGCUAUGUCAAACUCCUGAAAAAGGUCAUAUAUGACCUCUACUCCCAAAACUGCAUACCUGAAAUUAAUGAGGAGAUUGAGGACACCCCAUUGAAGUUUGUCAGAAUGCACAGCACCUCGCCCAGAGAGGCUCUGACGAAAGCCCGGGGGGUCAUUGAGAUGUACAUGACCCUGAUGACGAAGAGCAACGGGCCCGUCGACUGGAACUGUGAGGAAGAGUAUGCAGAGGAUUACCAAGAAUCCACCACUGCCCUCCCCACCCCCACCGCAGCUGAACCUGAACCUGAACGCCAGUGUACAUGUCCGACAGUGGGUCCGGUGACCCCUGAUGUCUCCCUGGUGUCCCACAGCGUAUGGAGCAGUCCCCCACAGCCCACCCUCUCCCAACUCACCUCGAUUGUGCCUCCCAAGCCGACUCAUCCAUCCCUGGGUACCGAGGGCGCUGAGCCCCGGGUGUUCCUGGUAAGUUCUGGUACCGUAAGACCCCCCUUCCCCAGGGAGCUGCAGCGGACUGGCCCCGAUGGACGUUCACUUGGAGGGGGCAGAGAGGGUGAUAUACACUGGGACUUUCAUCCACCUUCACCCAAUGGAACUGAGUCAGAUUCGGGACUCUACCAGGCAGUUGCUGACACUCCGUCUGCCACGAAUGAACCUUCCCCGUCUUCCCCUUCUAGUUUGGUUCUCCUGGGGACCGUUGGCUCCCAUGACGAGACAUUUUACUACCCCCAGACUGAGAGGAUAAGGGAGACUUCCACAGCCCGACCAGCAGGGAGAGGAGCAGCAGGCGCAACCCACAGUCACUUCGCUGUUGCUGGGGCCAAGCUGGUCACACCAGUCCCUUUCCUUUACAAGUUGAUUGGCAUCACCCCCAGUAGUGAUGAGAGCACUGCCUAUGUGUUGGCCAAGAGGUCGCUGGAUGCCAGGAAUUAUGGAAUACUUCAGGAUUGGGUUUCAACAGAGACCCCUCAACUAGAGGACACUAGAGAAAAAUACCCAGGCACAGAGAGAUAUUUACAUGACUGGAACCCUCCGAUUGAAAGCACUACGACCGAAGCAUCUCCACGUUUGAAGAUGACAGUGGAGGAGCCAGACAAACUACACACCACUACAGAGGCACACAACCAAGUCACGAAGACUGAGCCAAACCAUCCUAGGACAUCCUAUAAGGAAGUAUUCAGCACAGAUAUCCUGUCAGAGAGGACAGCUGCAGACGAUGCUCCUAUUUCAGAAAGGUCCAGUGAAGGCUCAGUGAAGGAAUUCCGGCACGGGAAAACUGGUCAUUCCGAUCUAAGCAUCUCCUACCAGACAGCCUUUAUCAUUGCAGCAGUGUGCAGCGGACCAAUCCUGAUCAUUACCCUAUUCUGUCUCAGUGAGAAGAAGAGACUCCAAGCCCUUAUCCACAGUACCAGCAUAAUUGAAAACCAGAGGGCAUGCAGCAGCAUUGAGGACAUUGAGCUACAAUAUUGUAAAGCCAAGGAUUGAGAGAGCUGGAUUGGUUUAACCUGCCAGUAAGAGAUCAACAACCACGUAAUUCAUCAAACAAGAGAAGACAUGGAAAUUUGGCAACUAUUUACCUCUUGUGAAAGUUUUCCAUUUUUGUAUAUAAAUAUAAAAAAAAAUGUCUAAAGGUACCUAUUUUUAUACAAAUUAAGUUUAUAUUGCUUGAAAGAUUUAACAGAGAAUCAUAUGCUCUCCAAAUUACACAAUAUCUGCAUGCUUCCCUUUUGCUGUCAAAAAGGUUUGAGUGAAUUUAUCUGUUACACACAGUGUUAACUUGACUCUCAAAGACUGUUUGGACAGUUUCAUGCACACCACACACACAGCUUUGAUCUUCCAUGAAAUAGAAUGGACCAAACAAUCCUCCAAGUUUUGACCUAGUAGCCAUCAGCGCAACAGUGCAAGUCAACAUUAAACUAAAGGAAGUCUUUCCGUGUGACUGAAAGAGUCUCAUGACAUUGUUCAAUGGAGUUGGGCCCCAUGAGCCAAAGCAAUACAAGGUGUCAUCACCCCAAGUGGACAGAGGAUGUAUUUUUGGAGAUCAAUAGAUUAAAUACAAACAGAUUAAAUACAAACAGAACACCCGUUAGUUAUUUGUUUUGAGUGUACUCCCUACAUGCCAUGCAGCAUGCUAUAUUAAUUUGACUUCUGAUAUUCUCUUGUUUUAUCCCUACCAAAUGAAGAAAAGUAUUUCAAUCUGUCUCUCAUGCCAUGAUGCCAAUGAAAUUGUGUUAUAAAACGGGUAAUUUGGAUACUGGAUGCUGAUUGGUUGAUAAGAGUUAGUUAUUCACAAUAAUCCAAGACAAAUGCCAGUUCCAUUUUGAUUAUCAUUGUGCAUCCGCUGUCCCACAGCUGAGCCAGGCAAUUCAUAAACUUUAUAUCACAGUAAAAAAAGCAUCUACACAUUAUUUCCCUUUACUUCAUUUGAUUUUCAACAGCGGAGAUUUAAACAUGCUUGUUUAUUGUUGCCUGAAAUGUUUUAGACUAUAGGAUACCUAAUCUUACGCUAUCAAAGUUAGACAAUAUCUGCCUACUUCCCUUUUUAUUGUGAAAAAGGUUUGAGGGAAUUCGUCAGUAAUUAUUGUAUACCAGUGGUCACCAACCUUUUGAGUCAAGAUCACUUUGAGUCAAAAUGCAAGCACAGAUCUACUGCUUGGAUUAUUUUCAACAUAGUUUAAAAAACGUAAGCCUAUGCAACAUUAACCUAUUAAAAACAGUACUGUCGCAGUAAUGUUUGUGUAGUAGGCUAUAGGGCCAAUACAUUAUCACUGCAUAGUGGCUUUGCUUGAAUUGCCUUGCCAAUUAAUUGUUGUUCAGACCAUUUAAAAAAAUUAUAUUUCAAUAUUUGAGGUAGGCUCCAUGAUCACACCAGGUAAUAAAUAGUUUUAUUUUACUGGGCUGAUGGUGCCUGCAUCUGAUGGUCAGUCUCAGCGGAGGGAGAGCUGCAGACUGUGGGUCCGCCUCUCAACGUCCCUUCGCUCUCCCUUUCUUCCACUGACCAAAAUGGAACACUGUCUUCCAGCCGAUGGCAAAACUCGAGUCACACUGCAUUAUUCCUGCGUCAUGCAAAAAUGUAUGUUGUUACUCCUAUGAAGAGAGAAAGUGAAAUGUUCCUUGAUAUUAAAAAAAGACCAAAGCCGCUAAUAAUAACAAAACAAGCUUAUCAAUACACUUCCCUACUCAUUCAUUAGAGCUCCAGUAUUUGUAGUGCAAGUGUUAAAUUCCCCAGCAAGAAAAUCAAAAAUGGUCGCUCAAACAGAAAGGGGAACUUACAAAAAGUCACUGACAACAACCAAACAAAACAAGUGAGGUUUUAGGAAGGGUUCGGAAAGACACUUAUGAGGUUGUCCACAGAAAGUUGACUACUGUGACCUAAAAUAAACCCACAAUGAGCACCAACUAAAUUAGCCCAAGAAGAAGCAAAAACCAAAGAAAAUCCACAUGAAAACGUAAAGAGGAACCAACCCAAAAAGCGGAGCAAAACUAAAACGGAGACGAUCAGAUCAAGGCUUAUUUUUCUAGAAAUCAGAAUAGGGAGCGCCAACAAAAGGUGUUGAGCCUCCGUCUCUCUCAAGAACUUUAACAUGAACUCGCUCAUAAAAACAGCAGCUCCUUACAGUAUUCAUUGACAUUGACAGUCUCUCUCUAGUCAUGGUUUUAAAAGUUUGGAAAUCUCACAGUAUCAACUUCGCUGUAGCUUUUUUUAACACCUGCUACAUUACUGCAGAGAAAUCGGAGCAAUCCGAUUGGCCAGCGGUAGGCCUAUAGUGCACUUGAUUUGCUCUCCGGCCUGCCAGGAGGGCGGAUUUUUACCUUCAGACACAUGAAAUGGUUCCACAUGUAAAUCGGAACACCGCCUACAUAAACGUUUGGUGACCGACUAGAAAAGACUUAGAAAUCAACCAGUCGAUUGCAAUCGCCCGGUUGGUGACCACUGUUACACACAGUGUUAACUUGACUCUCAAAGACUGUUUGGAUGGUGUCAUGCACACCACAUAACUUUGAUCUUCCAUGAAAUAGAGGAUUCUCUGUCAUGGAGAAAAUAUUAUAGACGUCAAGAAAGCCAGUCAGUUGAUUAUUGACAAGUUGUUACAACACAGUUAGGAUCAGCAAUACGAACCUCCCCAGAGAGGAGAAACAGGUUAAAAAGGUCAGAGAUAGGCUUGGCGAUGAAAGGGGGUAGCAAUGUUAAAUGAGAAAGGGUCUAAACCAUCUGACCCAGAUGGUUUCUUGGAGUCAAGUUUAAGGGGCUCCUUUAUCAGUGACUGCCUGCAGGUAGAACAUUUGUAGCAGGGCAGGGGAAAAAAGUCACAUUAGAAGGGGUGGGAGAUGAGGAAUGUUGGACGGGCAAGGCUGCAUGGCUAAUUCAAAUUGGAAUCCUGACUAAUGAAGUGGUGAUUAAACAGCUCAGCCAUGUGCUCCUUGUCAGUAAAACAACCACAAAAUCAACAUUAAGGGACAUGGGCAGCUCUGAGAAGGAGGGUUUAUUCUCCAGGUCUUUAACCGUUUUCCAGAACUUCUUGGGGAUAGACCCACAGAGAGAGAAUUGCUCCUUAAAGUAACUAACCUGUCGGAUACCCUGAGUGCACUUUUUUCUCAUUUGCCUAAACGAGAGCCAGUCAACCUGAGUGUGUGUGUGUUCCGAGCCUUUCGCCAAAUGGAAUUCUUGAGGUGGAGUAACUCUGCCAGAUCACUGUCGAACUAGGGGCUGAACUUGUUUUUAAUUCUAAUUUUCUUUAUGGGGGUGUGUUUCUUAACAAUACCACUGAAAAAAAAGCCAGGUCAUGAAGGAAGGCUUUCUCAAUCAAGUUUUUUUAGCAAGCUUCUAUGACAAAUCAGGACAUGCCAUUUCACUGAGCAGCCGUUACAAACACAGGCAGUAAAACAGUGAUCACUAAAAAAACAAGACUGAUAUGUCAAGACUGAUACGAUUAUUUGUGAGGAUAACAUCAAGGAGAGUAACCUUUUCUUGGUGUUUGGAGUCAUACCUUGUGGGAUUGGUAAUAAUCUGAGAAAGAUUUAGGGAGUCCCAUUGCUUUAGGACUUGUUCAGGUGGUUUAAGCAUGUCCCAGUUUAGGUCACCUAGCAGAACAAAUUCAGUGUUCAGUGUUCGCCUGUAUGGUGAACAAUAAAUAACUUCCAGCAAAAGUCAACAAAGAGCUACUUGAAAGGUUAAUGCUUAAAACCAGCUAAGACAUUUUUGGGGGGGACAGACUUGCUGGAGACGACCGAGCACUGAAGGUGUUCCUUGGUAAUGAUUGCCACUCUACCACAUUUGGAAGAUCUGUCUUGCCGAAAAAGGUUAUAACCAGAACGAUUAACGUCAGUGUUCAAAACACUAUUUUUUAACCAUGUCUCAGUAACGACCAACACAUCUGAAUUGGAGCUGUGAACCCACACUUUCAAUUGAUCCAUUUUAGGUAAUAAGCUUCUAGUGUUAACGUGCAGAAAACCCAGGCUUUUACGAGAGCGUAAAUCAGAUAUCAGAGCACAAGUGAGAAUAGGAGCCAGAAACAGUAGAUGGGCCAGGGUGUACAUGCACAUUUCCAGAUAUCAUCAGCAGUAUUACAAUCAGGGCAUGGCAGAGGAUAGGGAGAGUUCGGGGUGUUGAUUUAUGACAUUUGAAUGUGCAUUAGAUGGCAACAAGACCAUAUUGUACAGCAAUUUCAUCAGGUAAGAUGAAUACAAAGCUGGCGAGAGGUGGCUAGAACAGGAUAGGUGGCCAAGAGUCUGUGUAAGUGUCCUGAGUGUGGGAACAAACAUAUUCUGUCCCACGGUCGGGUAACCAAGCAAGUUCAUAGCCAACAAAGCAUACAGGAGUCAUGAGGCAAACAACAUAAAGCACAAUAAAAAAAAAUAGUCAGUGUGCUGGAGGUGAACGAAAGCUUGGGCGAGAGGGGGAGUGUGGCGAGGGUUCCUGUACCAAACAGGGAGAGACAGGCCAGGGCAGACAGUGAAUAGAUCACCAGGUGGAAUCCAAGCAGCGAUGCAGCAGGCAAUGGGAGUAGGUGUCACACCCACCUGUAAAAAUAUUUUUCCGGGAGGCAGAUUCCUUGUAGAAAAUAUUUUCCAUUUACAUGUGAUUUUUGUAAACAACAGUCAAUUAUAAUCAAGACAUUGGUGGAAUGAAUCAUGUUUAUCUUGAACAAAUAUAAAUGAAACAAGGUUUUCAUCACUAUUGAUGUUUAUUGCUUCGAUCUGAACAAAUUGAAAGGAGUAAUUUAACAAACAGUAUUUUAUGGAAAUGAUAAAUUAUCCCCAUUGAACACAAAUUAUGGACGGUCUACACACCACACGAGGGACAGAGUUUUACUGUGUGUGUGUUGCAAAUGUAUUUCUUACAUGUGAUGCAAGUGUACUGUGUCUUCCUGUCCUUCUUGGGUCCACACACAUCGCAACGCUUCUUCUUGUUGCUUCCGGCUGCAAUCUAGAGUGAUGUAAACACUUAGGUCAGGAAUUUUACUAACAUCUCACUCACAUAUAUAGUUACAGCAGGCCAAGGUAGGAGAGUCAGACACACACAAAUGCAACAUCACUCACACAUACUUCCGGUAUUGGAGUUGUUUGCUCUGUGGGUCGGGCGGAUUGGGCACCAGCAUCCUCCUCCUGAAUCCUCCUCACGAUGGCUUCAGAAGCUGGGGUCCUUGGGAUAUGUUGCCUCCUCUGGAUUUCUGGUCUUACUGAUGCCUUGCCCAGCUCCUCGAGAAAGAGCCGUCUCCACCGGAGCUUCCCCCGGUUAAAAUCUGGGCUCAACGCGUUGACAAACGCGUUGUAGUGCGAGAUGUCCAAGAUGUUGAAGAAUAUGACAAGUGGCCAGCGUAGGGUUCUUCUUUUGCAGCUGUAGCCAGUCACCAGCUUGUAUAAGUGGUCCUCCCCUCCAUUUGUAGCAUUGAAAUCAAUUAUGAUUUCUGUUUUUUAAUGUUCCUGGUCACAGAUUCUCCAUCCCUAUGCAGCGUACUCAUGAGGACCACAUUUUUGCCUUUCUUUGGCACGUGGGACACAUGGGACGUGUUGGUCGUGGACACAAACUUAGAGGAAUUGAUAGGCCUGUUCUGUGUAUUCAGCAGCUGAAGUGGGAACUCUGGCUUGUUUCUUUUAUACUGUUCCUACCAUCAUCAGCUUCCUCUUGAGGAGCUCCUGCCCCGGUUGUGUGAAGUAAAAGUUAUUUCAUGUGAUGUUGUGGCCAUGGAGUCCCUGUCUCAUGUCGAGGACAACCCGCAUCCCUUGGUUUUUCUCAGGGGCUCCUCCUUCUGGCUUCCCCGUAUACACUUGCAAGAUCUGAUGAAGCAGCAUCACAGGCAGCCCAGAUCUUGAUUCCAUAUUUGUGGGUUUAGACUGUAUAUACUGCCUGAAGGGCCAACAUUGAGCCAAGGGUGGUAAAACAGGGGAGGCUGGUCCACCAACUUGUCCCACACUGACCUGAUUGCAGCUAGCUUGUCUCUCUGCCGCCGAGCGGGUCUGGUGUCUCGGUUAUCGAAGUAGAUAAUCCUGGAAAUAAUGUGGAGGUUUUCCAGAGACAUUGUUGCACUGAAAAGUUCUCUGCCAGUUUCUGCAUCCCACAGGAAUCUGUGGAUUCCCCAUUGGAUCUGAACACACCAGCAAGGAUAAUAAUCCCACAGUAUGCAUUUAAACGAGUUUGGUCAAUCUCCUUCCAUCUCUCUCCAAAAACACGCCUUCCCUCCAAAUUAGUGUAGUCCAGAUUUUCUGGAUGGUGUCUGGGAUGAACAGUUAAAAAUUUGACUUUAUGUCCUGCGCAUGAGUAACCGCCAUCAGCGUCGGCCCUGGUAUCAUUCUUAUCACAUUGGCAGCCAUGUCGGGUGGCUCAUUCCAUGGGCAAGAAGACUAUUCAAUAUCACAAUUUCUGGACAUCCAUAUUUCUCCUCCUGCAGGCUGCUGAUGAGCUGGUUGCUGAUGGACUGGUCCUGGGGCUGGCUGCUGAUGGGCUGGUCCUGGGGCUGGUUGCUGAUGGGCUGGUCCUGGGGCUGGUUGCUGAUGGGCUGGUCCUGGGGCUGGCUAAGGGUCAAUCUUGUCCUCCUGAACCCCAUAUUCGGGAAAAUUCUUCAUCUUCCAAAGUGGAAGAUGCUCCUUCAAAUAGCUUCUCUCUCUUUCUAAGGCCCUCUGAGCAGAGAUUAUUUUUGCCAAAUUGAUUGAUUGCAAAGCAAUUUUUUAAAUGUUUUUUAACAAUGUAUCGAAAUAACAUUGUGCCUCAUCGCGCAAGACAUUGUGUAGUUUCACACACUACAAAGGGUAAAGAGUGUGAGAAAAGCAGGAGACAGGCAGGUUAUUGGUGCAUGUUGAAACAGAAGGCCCAGGGAGGAGGAAGACAGAGUGAAGGCACACAGCAAACAUUUUUGUUUCAUUUUUACUUGUUUUCAGAUGUACACAGACUUUUCCACACUUUUAUUACCCUUGGAUCCAGUGGACACGAACACCACAUGUGUAAUAAAAAGGUGUAGGGAGGUGCACAGUGUGUACUCAAUUAAAAUGUGUUAUAUUACAUGUUCUUCACAGAAAAUGAGUCAAGGCCAAUGAGUCUCAAGUUGAACAAAUAAUUCAUUGUAUAAUUUUUCUGUUUGUAAACAGGAAAAUGGGUCCCUCAGACCCAAACACCACACAAGGGUUAAGUGCAUUUCCUUUUGAUACUUAAGUAUAUAUAUUUAAAACCAAAUACUCUUAGACUCUUUAAUCACGUUGUAUUUUACUGGGUGACGUUCACUUGAGUCAUUUACUAUUAAGGUAUCUUUACUUUUUCUCUAGUAUGACAAUUGGGUACUUUUUCCACCACUGCAGUACAUUAAUACAGUUCACACUCAAAAACAUUAGCCUACUGGAGUUAGUUUCUUGUAUUUACCCAAGUGAGCAUGUAGCUAGCUACACCUAUGGGCUUUUAAAUUGUUCUGUUGUGUGUAAUGUGCAGUAGCCUAGAUCAUAUAUAGAUCAUGUAUUGGAUAACGCCACAAUCUUUUGGGCUUGGGCUCAUUAAAUGUCUUUAUUGUAGGGCUCAUAAAAUGUAUUUCAUGUAUGGCUCAUCAGCCUCAGGUAGCAUCCGGCUUUUUGAUCAAAGCUCUAAUCAAAUCCAGACACAGGCCUAUUUAUACGCGUUAUAAUUCUUUUGAAUGACCCUUCGGGUUUUGGUAGGAAAUACCGUGUUGUCCGGAAGAAAAUAAAUGUAUUCUCUGGAUGGAACAUUUGUAAAAUGUUGGCUGAUGCCAAUGAAAGUAUAUGCUAUAAAAUGGGAUAUUUGGAUAUUGGAUGCUGAUUGGUUGAUAUGCGUUAUUCACGGAUUAUCCAUUUGAAUUAUUAACCAUUUUAAUUAUCACUGUGCAACCACUGUCCCACAGCCCAGUCAGGCAAUUCAUAAACUUUAUCUCCACUAAUAAACAUUUCCUAUUACUUCUAGCCUUUCAUUUGAUUUUCAAAAGCGGGGGUUUGUAUAAGCCUUGCUGUCUGCCUCUCCAAUCUGUGCAACAAUGUUGCAAUAGAAAUCAAAUCAACGUUUAUUGCCAUAGUUGAAGUUGUUUGUAGAGCCGUCAAAAUGAGGAGUGUUGUACAAAACAAUACCAUCACUGAUUGGAUCAUCUCUAACCAAUCAGAGUAUCAAAUGCUGCUUUACCCAAGUGUUCUGGCUCUGGUCCAACCCAUCAGUUUCUGGGACCAAUCAGAACGGUUAGAAUGUAUUUGCAUUCUAGAUUGCGUUCUCAGAUCUAGCCUCAUUGCAGAGAAGAAACAUAUUGUCCGUGGGUGUGGCAUAGCGUUCGGCCAGAGCAAGGAGUUUGGGUAGCAAGCCAACCUUAGCCAUGGUUUAUUCACAAUAAUCCACUGGUUCUCAUGCAUUAUUGCUUAAAUAAUCUUCUCUGUCAGUUUGUAUACUUCUGUUUGUGAAGCAAGGGAAUACAUUUUAAGUUCUGAUAAUUGAUGACUGUGUUGAGAAACUUUUACUAGCAUUGGGCUUACACACUUAAAUAGAAACUGCAAUUCGAUUUUCAGCAUGUUACCUAAAUUCUGAAAUGUUUCAAUAUAACCUGUGCCCUGUAAUAAGUGCAGUUGAACACCAUUGCAGUAAUAACCCAUGUGUUUCACCAUCGGAUUAUGCUUUAUUUCUGAAAAAUGUGAUCAUUACACAAUGUAUUAGAUAAUGUUAAUCCACACUAUCAUGUAUGUAUUAGAUAAUGGUAAAUCCCAAGAUCAUGUAUGUAUUAGUAUUAUAUAAUGGUAAGCCCCAGGAUCAUAUAUGUACUACUUUAAUUCUGUAUAAAAUCAUAGUAAUAAUAAUAAAAAAUGAUUGUUAAGAUUGA